AAACGGAUAUGGUUUAAUAUACGUUUCCCAAGCCUUUUUAAAAGGUCAACUCUUCUUGUAACUUUACAGUUUUGCACAGGAUCUUCAAGAAAAUGGGCGUCGUAAUGCGAGAAAUUUUCUUACUUACCGUUAUUUUUCUUGUAGGCCGAGCGCUAUGUGGUGUAGAUAGAGGAUUCGAACAGACUGAAGAUGUGGAAGAAUUUCAGAUACCUGAUGAUGAUAGUAACACUAGUGAUGGUGAAGACGGCUUUAUAGAAGAAUCAGAGGCAGGCGACAGCUCAGAGAGUUCUAGGCUGUGGAACAAGAUAUUGACAGUAAAGAAUGGAGGACCUUGGGGUACAUGGGGGAAGAUUGAGUUCUGUCCUGGUGAUUCGUAUGCUGUUGGCUAUGACAUGAAAAUAGAACCCAAAGUACGCUUCGACAACACUGCAUUAAAUGCAAUCAAACUAAUCUGUGCGAAUGAGAGAGGAAAAUACAUCGGUGAAGUAACUUCAACACAAGGCAAAUGGGGUUCCUGGGUAGGACAAAUAAAUUGUACCGGGCACAGACACCUUGACGCGUUCGAUCUUCAAGUAGAAAAACCUCAGGGAAAAUGGAAGGACGACACAGCAGCCAACUACGUGAAAUUUAAGUGUCGGUGUCAUUGUGGACAUGCCUACGAACUGGUCAAACCGCCAGGACACGGCUUUUGGGGGAAAUGGGGCGCAUGGAGCGACACAUGUCCUAAAGGAUCAGGAAUUUGUGGAAUCCAGACGAAAGUAGAGAAAUACCGCGGGAAACUGCGAGAUGAUACUGCUCUUAAUGACGUCAAAUUCUAUUGCUGUGAGCUGCCGAGCAAUUCAGAUAGCCUUAGUGACUAAAAUAGUUAUAAAGAUGAAUUUUGUCCGACUUUAUGUAUGUCACACUUUCUUUGAAUACUUUGUAUAUAAAUACUUUUGAUAAUUUUCAAUAAAAUGUCUUGGAUUGGUAGGAUAUCAGACAUGUUGAAUUCUUA